GCCUUGUUUUCUUUUAUAGUGAUAACUGCCAUUGUGAUUUUAUGCCUCGUGACAUUUCCUCUUCAGAUAGCCAUGAUAGUCAUGGGUAAGUUUUUCCAGUCAAUUAAUUUGUAAUAGUUCCACCUUAGAAUAGUCCAGUACCAUUGCUCACUAUUAUUCUGUCAAUCAAAUUCUUUUCUACUGGCUAUGAUGCUGACUACUGCCUUGGUUGUCAAAACCUGAAUCAUUACAAUCAUGACCUUGAUAAUCAUUUCCUACUGAGUAAUAACAGAAAUGACAAUGUUAAAAGAACUGAGAUAUAAAUGUACUGCCUUUGUCUUUCAAACACUCGUGUGGCUCGAACUCGCCCCACGUAACUGAGGGAAUCUUUUCCAUCUGGAUUCUGGAUUCCACGCCGUGGAUUCGGGACUGCAUGUACUGGAUUCUAGCCUUUGUCAGUAGAACUUGAAUUUUGGAUUCCAAACGUUAGUGGGAUUCUGGAUUCCUUGAGAUGUAUUCCCGAUUUCAAAGCUCAGGAUUCAGGAUUCCACAAGCAAAAAUUUCGCGGAUUCCGGAAUUCGAUUUCUGUUACAUGUGGAGAUCGAAUGGCCACGUAAGAUGGCGGUCCGAUCUCUUGUACAAGAUGCAAGAAUGGUUUCCUCAUAUAGUACUUUCGUGCUUAAUACAAUGACAAUCAAAUAAAGUACAUUUUUUCUUUUGUCUUAGGUGCAAAAUACAAGGAUGACUGUCCUGCGGAAAACAUGAUCCCAAUUUACUUAAUAGUGGCCGGAUCAGCUGGUCUGUUCAGUAUUUGUUGCGCCGGGGGAGUAAGAUGCACAAGUCAGGAAGAUGAUCAGCAAACCGUGAACCCGCUCAGCGGUCUCAUCCAACUCUUUCUGUUCGCUUGGUUCAUUGCUGGAAAUGUGUGGAUAUACAGUAACUACGAGCCUAACUACACCGACCCCAGUAGCCCUGAUUUCUGCAACAAAACGCUGUAUCUAUUUGCCUUCUGGGUUACUAAUUCGUAUUAUAUCUUGUUUGGUUUCGUGUUAGGAAUUAUGUGUUUAAUAGGCAUGGGAGUAGCUUGUGCUAGCCAGAGUGAGGUCUAA